AUGUUUCCAUGUCUUGAAAAAGUGUAUUAGAUGGUUCUGUAAACUCAACUCUAAUUUCUAGAUAUUGAUCCAAUACUCUAAAUCAAAUUGCAAGAUCCAUAUCGAUUGAUUUUGAAGAAAGAAUACUUGCAUAUCUAUAAGGAGGAUGAUCCAUUUAUUUCUUUUUCAAUAAGUUUUCCAAAUUUAAUUAGAUGGCAUGUUAAAAAUAAAAACUUAGUUGGUUUUACAAUAAAAGAAUUUGAAUUUACAAGUCAUUAAAGCAAUUUACUAAAAGAAUUAAAAAAAAUCUUAUCAGGAAGAUUAUUUUUCUCAAAAGUUCAAGACUUUUUUAUUCCUUUAAAAACAUUAGGAAAGGGAAGUUCUUCAAAAGUAUUAUUAGUGAGAGAAAUGGAUAAUGGAGAAUAUUAUGCAGCAAAAUGUGUAUAAAAAGAAGAAAUGCAAUUUUAAGAGAUAGAGAUAAAUAAUUAAUUAUAGCACUCUGCUUUUAUAAAGGUAAAAGAAGUAUAUUAAGGAGAGACAAGUUAUUAUAUAGUAAUGGAUUUAUUAUCAGGUAAAAAUUUAUAAUCGUUUCUCGGAAAUCAUAAACCAUUACCAUUAGAUUAAACUAAAUAAAUAAUGCAUGUAUGAUGAUCAAUAAAUAUUAGAGGCUUUAUUAGAAGGAGUAGAAUAUAUGCAUUCUAAAAAUAUUAUGCAUAGAGACAUAAAACCUGAAAAUAUAAUUUUAGAAAUGAGAGAUGGACAAGUUAGACUUAAAAUUGUAGAUUUUGGUUUAGCUACUUAUAGUACUUUGAGUAUUAUAUUAUAAAUAAUAUUUAGAAAGAUUUAAAUAUCCAAAAUGUGGAACUCCAGGGUUUGUUGCUCCUGAAGUCAUUAAUUUAUAAAAUAGUAAUCAAACUUAUGAUAAGGUUUGUGAUAUUUUCAGUUGUGGAGUAAUCUUCUAUAAAUUGCUUACAGGAAGAGAUGUAUUUCCAGGAUCUGGUUUUACUUAUGUAUUAGAACUUAAUAAAAAAUGUAAUAUUGAUUUCUCUCAUCUAACUCUUUAAAAAUUACCUGUAAAUUUGACAGUAUGAAUUUUUAUUAUUGAGGAAUCUUGUUUAAAGGAUGUUAUCUAGAGAUCCUAAAUUAAGACCUACAGCUACAGAGUGUUUGAAUCAUGAAUUCUUUAAGAACAUUGAAAAAUAUAAUACUUUACAAAAAAAAUAAGGAUUUUUAUAGAGUAAACUACAUACUGUAGAAUUCAAUUAGGAUCAAGAAAUUUAAGAUUAUUAAGGAUCAUUUAUAACCACAG